AUGUCAUUACGAGAAGGUAAUGGUACACGUCUACUAGUCGAGCCGACUGCUCCCACGAUUCUGUUUGGGUCUGGCCCUACAGCCAGUGUUCUACCAAUAUCUUCACGCAGUCUGAUUGCCACAGCCACUACUCUCAACGUUGGACACACCGAAACUGACUCAAUGGCGAAGACCGGCAAGAAAUCAAACCGAGGAUGGUGGUGGGACCACUUCGUCGAACAUCCAGGUUAUGCUACCAAAGAAAGUGCUUCAAUGGUCAGCGGAAAGGCAAAAGUGAUAUGUGCGAGGCUCUAUGAGCAGCGCAUGGCUAACGAGCAUGCAUUGGAUGAACAGCAAAUCCACACAGGUCAGCGAGAUGCACUGAGAGAUGAAGCUGCAAUUGCAGGCACUUGUGUUCGGGCCCAUAAUGGCAGUACCACUACACCACAGAUUGUUCUUGCUGCACCGGCUUUCAAUACAUCAUCUGUUCUAGAGUCCGCACACCCGAGUUUGCCCACCCUGCUAAUUCCUGAGACUGUGGCUUCAGAUUCCUCUAGUCUCCUUACCCGUGACUCGUUUUCGGUCAGUCCAGCUCUUUCAGUGGUCUCGUUACCAUCCCAGCUGGGGAAAUGCCAACAUCUAAACCAGUCUGUCAAAGUCCAUGAUGCAUCGAGGGAUCCUCAGACAGCCGAAGAACUUCUUCGCCAGAUAUUAGAGGCAAUCAACAGGAUUGAGUCCAAAUGGGGGGCCACUGUGAUUGCAUGCACCACAGAUGCAUCAGGUGAAUCACGAAAGGCCCGUCGUCUGUUACGAGAGAAGUUUCCACACCUUGUCAUUCCUGAUUGUUUGGCUCAUCAGUGGAACCUCAUUGUCGGAGACCUUUUCAAGGUCAAAGACGACUAUGGGGUAUAUGGAGACAUGGCACAAGAGUUAAUUACAUGGUUACGCAGCAAGACACAUGUGCUUGCCAUCCUCCGUGAGAUACAGAUGGCAACAAUUGGUAAAACACUUGCAGUUCUCAGAGCAGUGCUGACACGCUGGUUAUCACACUAUCUUGCAUAUUGCCAUCUUCUCGAGCUUCGAACUGCCCUCGAACUGCUUGUAACAAAGCAUGAACAUAAUCUAAUAUGGAAAACCCUGCUUGAACCAAUCUCCCUCAUGACGAAUAUUCAUCAAGCAGCCCAGGCAAGACCCGAAAAUAUUGUGAUUUCAUUCGGUUUCCUGCACUUUCGUUAUUCCAAGAUCGAAAAUAGCGCUGAUCUCACGGCUCGUACAGCUGUUCUUGCAAGCGCUGAACGCCGCUGGGGACAGUGCGACCAAGAAGUUUUUAUCGCUGCUGUCAUUGUCAAUCCCUUCUACAAGGUUUUGCUAUUCCAGAAGAUUCCUCUCACGACACGCUGA